AUGUUCUACAUGCAGCUGCUUAUGAAUAAGCGUGGGCCUUUGUCCAAGAUAUGGCUGGCUGCUCACUGGGAUAAGAAAGUCACAAAAGCUCAUAUAUUUGAAUGCAAUUUAGAAGAUACCAUUGAAAAGAUACUCUCCCCUAAGUUUAAAAUUGCUCUUCGUACCUCGGGACAUCUUUUGCUAGGAGUGGUGAAGAUCUAUCACAGAAAAACCAAGUAUCUUUUGACAGAUUGCAAUGAAGCCCUACUUAAAAUGCAAUCAACUUUUCAACCAGGGCUUGUUGACCUUCCGAAAGGACAUUCUGAGGCAAUGUAUGAUGCUAUCACACUGCCUGAAGUGUUUCAUGAUUUUGAUACCCAACUUCCAGACAUGAAUGCCAUUGAGGUCGCCCAACAUUUUACACUGCACCAGAGCAAAAUUGAGGACAUCACACUGACAGAAUUUUAUGGGCAGAAUGUUCUCAAUGGCAGCAAUUUUGUUGAAGAAAUUGAAAUUCCAAGGCAUGCUAGCUUUUUCAGUGACAGUUUAAUAAAUAGCUCGAAUAGUCUCCUGGCUGACCACAGUUCUUCGAAUUUAACUGGAGGCAAAAUUGCAUUAGAGUAUGAUGGAUUUGGAGACGAAGAAGCUGGAAGAGAUAUGAUUGAUGAUAUUCUUGGAACUGACCAGAAUGGCCUCCUUGCAAUAUUUGACAUGGAAGAGGAACUUCCUUUACCCCCCAAAGAUCCAGUUGAUAACAGAAAAGUUCAAAAGAAACGAAAAAGGAAAAGGAAAAGAAAGUUACUCGUUGACCCGGUGAAGCAGCUCAGCAAAGCUACCAUGCAAAAGCAGCUUACAAAUUACAAGGAUACGCUAGCCCCCUUGAAGAUCGCACCUCCAACCAAGAAGCUGAUGAUUUUACAAGAGUUGGGCAGCGCAGACAAACUUAUGACCAGACCCACCCAGCCUUGCUUUAGCACAGAUCUGCAGAGGCUGUUUGCCAAAUGUCUCAAGAAUAGAAGAAAAAAUUGGCAACAAAAGACUGAAGAAAGAAGCAAACAACAAACUGCCCAAGUACAACAAGAAUCCGAAAAUGAGCAAGCAGCCUUGCAAAAUGGACCCCAGACAAGUAAUUUGGACAAUGAAGAACAAAGAAGAAGUAAGAGAACAUUAAAGCUAUUAAAUACUUUCCAGCACUCGGAACAGCAAGGGGCAAAGUCUUUCAGCUUUCUGUCCCUCUGCAAGAACCAGAACAAGAAAGAAGCAGCAGAGAACUUCUACAGCUUGCUGGUUCUACAGAAACAAAGAGCGAUUGAGGUGGCCCAAUCAGCUCCUUAUGCUGACAUUAUAGUGACCGCGGGGCCCAAGUUUCAUACUUUCUGA